AUGGCAGACAGCUGUCGUCCCGGAACCCCCACGGCUGUUCCAGCGGUGCCCACCAUCUCUACAUGCUCUAAUGGUGGCUGCCUUAGAAAUACCAUCCAUUUGCCCAGUUCCUGCCAGAGCAGGACGUGGCAAUUGGUUACACACCAAGAAAACCGUCCAACACCCGACAGUGCCCCAGUUAUCUCUGAACCCGUUUCUUGCCUAGCAACGUGCUUUCCAGAAACUCCCUGUGUGGGUUUUAUUUGCCGGCCCAUAGGUUCGCACACAGCGGGCUGUGCAUCCGGCCCCCGUGGGACUCCUCAAUCUGCUGCCUCACGCCAGCCCUCCUGUCUGGAAUCUGCUUCUCGUCACACGAUGUGCUGUGAGAACAGCUCCUCCGGCCAGAGCUCCGGCCAGGGAUCUGCCUGCCCAUCGGCGCCAUGCCUGACAGCACGUGACCCACCAGCUUCCUGUGAUGAUGGAUCCUGCCAGCCAUCCUGCUCUGAAGUAACAUCCUGUGCUCAGACUCCGUGUCUACCAUCCAGCUGUGAGACUGGCUCGUGCCAACCAACCUGCUACCAAGGAGGGCCAUGUCAACCCCCCAAAGGUGAAGGUCAGCCAUGCCAGUCAGUUUAUUACCAACCCAUCUGCUAUGUUCUUAAGUCCUGCCAGUCAGCUCCCUGCAUGCCUGUCUCCUGCCAGCCGGUAACAUGUAUGUGUUCUUGCGGUCAAACUUGCUGUGUGCCCUCCCCUUGCCAGUUACUUCACUGUCAACCAGCACCUUUAAUCUCCUUCAUCUGCCAGCCAGCGGCUCCCUGCCAGUUCCCCUGUUUUGCAAAGAGCAGCAGCAAAUCAGGCUCAUGUGUUAUGAUUUCUGGCCAAUCGAUUUGUGGCGAACCCACUCCCAGUCAGAGUGGCUGCGAAUCUCUUUCCUGCCAUCCCCCUUGCUGUGUGACUGGUGUAGGUAAACCUUCCAGCAGUGGCUGCUGUCCACCAACCUCUCCAGACAUGUGCCAAGCGGGCACCUGUGGGCCCACUUCUUGA